GACAGUGCAACGCAGCGAAGAAGAGGGCAUUCAUUGGAGUGAAAACAGUCUGCGACUGAAAUUGUGAACGAGUGCUCGCGUGAUUCGUUUCGUCCGAACGCCGUCGUCCGUGGGUCGCGUCUGUGGUGCUCCGGAUAGUGUCAUCGUUUAUGCUGCGCUCAUUCAAUAACUCCGGAUUGUUUCCUAUUGGCUCAAACAGUGCAAAUUAAUUAUAAGGGCGGUGGCUGUAAAGUGCUAAGUGUGUUAAGGAGUUAAAAGGAAACUUCAGUUGGGGCUUCAAGACGGUGACAAAGUGCAAAAAAUAGCGAUCGAGAAAAGAGCUCUUCUAUCUCGUGUGUGCGUAUUUUUGUAUCUCGAAUCUAGAAGAAAAUAAUCAACAGAAAAGGUGAUCUCGUUUACGUAAAAAAAAGUGUCCAACCCCUUGCAUGUGUGCUGUCCGGCAAUAAAGUAAUGUGGUGUUUUUCAUGCGUUUCUGCUCCAGCUAAUUCAGAACCUAUGGCAGCCAUCCGGAAGAAGCUCGUGAUUGUCGGCGACGGUGCCUGCGGUAAGACGUGUCUGCUGAUCGUCUUCAGCAAGGAUCAGUUCCCGGAGGUGUACGUGCCCACGGUAUUCGAGAACUAUGUGGCCGACAUCGAGGUCGACGGAAAACAGGUUGAACUGGCGCUAUGGGAUACUGCUGGGCAGGAAGACUACGACAGGCUCCGGCCUCUGAGCUAUCCAGAUACCGACGUCAUCCUGAUGUGUUUCUCGGUCGAUUCACCAGACUCGCUGGAGAAUAUUCCGGAGAAAUGGACUCCUGAGGUUAAACAUUUUUGUCCAAACGUACCCAUAAUCUUAGUUGGCAACAAGAAAGAUCUCAGAAACGACCCUCACACGAUAAAGGAAUUGGCCAAAAUGAAACAGGAGCCAGUGAAGCCACAGGAAGGACGUGCAAUGGCUGAGAAAAUAAACGCUUUCGCUUAUUUGGAAUGUUCGGCCAAGUCGAAAGAGGGCGUACGUGAAGUGUUCGAAACCGCCACCAGGGCCGCGUUACAGGUCAAAAAGAAGAAGAAGAGUACAUGUGUUUUGCUCUAAAGAGCAAAUGGCAACAUAUUUUUUUCUUUCUUUCGUGGAAUGCAAACACAAAUAAACUGCAACAAGAAAAGAAGAAAGUAAGCAAAAAAGUUUAAUAAAUAAAAAAGGUGGUCGUCGUCAAUCGGUUAAGAACAGGAGAUGAAAAGGAGGCAGUGUGAGCAAGAUAGGGUAUUUUGAAAAUGGAUGCUGGAUCUGCUUUGUAGGAAAGGAAAGGGAAGCAGUUGCGCAGGUUAUGUAAAAUUAGGAAUACCAGCUACGAACGAAAGCAAAAAAAAAUAACAAAACUAUCUCUACCGUAAAAAAAUCAUACGCAAAAAAAAAUCAUUAUGCAACACAUACACACACUCAUAAUAUGAUGCGAAAUGGAGGUCGAAUGAUACGACCUAGCCAAACGAAAACAGCAGCAGAGCACAUAUAUGCUGACAUUUUUGUUGUUUUAUUUAUCAAUUUGUCUUGUGAAAAUGUGUACGACACAAUCGCGUGCGAAAAGCAAAACGGAAAAUUUGUUAGCGUAAUCUUAAUUACCAAUCAUUCGUAUCCAGAAGCAGCAGUAGCUACAUCAAGUUUAGUAUCUCGCGAAGCAUUCAAGAAUCGGAUCAAAAUACGGAACCCCGAAUCAGAGAUUUGAGAGGACGUGAAGCAUUUUUUCGGCAGGGCGAAGCAAACUACCGGUUUUUUCUCUCCAUUCUUUUUUACUACUUGUCGCGCGGGCAUCUAUUAGAUGUGUUUUUAUUACUAAUUAAUAAUGGUAAGCCUCCUAUUAUUAUACUUUAGAAUAUAUGAAGCAAAGAUUAUCUAAAUGAAAAAAAAAGAAGCAGAAGACGAGUGUUGGAGAUAACAGUCUAAUAAAAAGGCUAGAUUUUUAAACAAACACACAAAGACGAAUCGGUGGCGAAAUAAAGUACUAACAACUUAUGAGAAAAA